GCUCCUCUGAGGCACGGCGGCGCGCGGCGAAAAGUUGGCGCGUGCGCGCGCGCCGGCGCCCUGCUGUAACCACGGGCUGCCGGGCGGGCGGCGGGGCGCGAGGGGCCGCGCGCCUCGAGGGAGGGGCCGAGGGGCGGAGGCGAGCGCUGGCCCAGCGUCGCGCGUCGGGCGGCGCGGGUGAAAAGGGAGGAGAGCGCCGCAGGGCAGCGCCCCGUCGUCGGGCGCGGCUCGAAGGCGCAGCACAGGCUUCACGAGCCCGGGGGCCUCCGCGCAGGCGGUGUCUGUACAGCGCGGCGCGCCUGCCGCGGCCCGCGCACAGCCGGGCGGCGGCUCGAAAAGGCAAGGGGGCGGCUUCCAGGGGCGGCGGCGCGUGGCGAAGAGCCCGGGGGAAGAGCAGGACAUGUGCAUCCAAAGACGCCGAAGGUCCAUGCCCGCGGCGAGGCUCCCGGGUGAAUGCGCAGGCCGAGGGGGCG